AUGUCUGAUAUACCGGUAUCUACGACUAAACGACUCCUCCGCGAGCUCAAGGAGUACUCCAGAGAGCCCAACGACGCCCUCGUCUCCCUCGCGCCGGUCAGCGACGACGACAUCUUGCACUGGGAAGCAGUCCUCAAGGGCGUCCCAGACUCUCCAUACGAAGAUGGACUCUGGCUGCUACGCAUCGAGAUACCGACGACGUAUCCCAAGCAUCCGCCCAAGAUCACCUUCGCGACACCCAUCUGCCAUCCCAACAUCUCCUUCAAGACGGGCGAUAUUUGUCUGACGCUGCUCACCUCAGAGCACUGGUCGCCUAUCUACACUAUCUCUAGCACCCUGUCCGCCAUACACCAGCUGCUGGCGGAGCCCAGCCCGGACUCGCCGCUCAACGUCGACGUCGCUGCCCUGCUACGAGACCGCGACCUGCUGGGUUGGACCGCCCUGGUCAGGUACUGGACGGCCACAGAGAGGUGGAACGGUCAGAGACGGUAG